CUUCCUUCCUUCCUUCCUUCCUUUCUUCCUUCCUUCCUUCCUUCCUUCUUUCCUUCCUUCCUUCCUUCCUUCCUUCCUUCCUUUCUUCCUUCCUUCCUUCCUUCCUUCCUUCUUUCCUUUCUUCCUUCCCCACUCCCUCCCUUCGUUCCUUCCCUCCUUUCUUCCCUCCUCCCUCCCUUCCUCCCUUCCUUCUUUCCUUUCUUCCCUCCUCCCUCCCUCUUUCCGUCCCCCCCUCCCUCUCUUCCUUCCUUCCUUCCUUUCUCUCUCUUUCUCUCCCUUCCUUCCUUCUUUCCCCCUCCUUCCCUUCCUUCCUUCUCUCCUUUCUUCCCUCCUCCCUUCCUCUCUCCCUUCUUCCCUCCCUUCCUCCCUCCCUUCCUUCCUUCCCUCCUUCCUCCCCUUCUUCCCUUGAUCUCUCCCUUUCUCCUCCCUUCUUUCCUUUCUUCUUCAGGGUGAAGCAUUACCAAAGCAGUGUAUUCUGAAGAAGAGGACAUUGGGAGCAUGGAGAAGAAGGCCCUGGUCCCCGCCAGGCUGAGCCUCUCCCGCCCGCCGCUGCCCCCCGACCUCCCUGGUCCAUCCUCAUCUGGAGGGGUUUACCAGCAAGUCACCAACCUCCUGAACAUUGUGGACGAGGACGACCAGGAGAGCAACGGGAUGAGCAGCCAGGAGGGUCAUGGGUCCAAGAUGCGCAAGGCUCUGGCCAGCAUGAUCAUCAUCCAGAAAGCCAACGCCGAGCCCUCCGAGGUCAUGACGGCGCUCAUCAACAGCCUGCAGCUGGAGGAGAUCUCCAUCAAGCGCAAGGUCAGCAUCUACACCAUCCUCCAGGGCAUCAUCCAGCAGGAGGGCGAGCUGGACGAGGAGUGCGUGCAGACGCUGGUGAACCUCGCCUCCCGGGAAAUGCGGGAGAUCCAAGAGAUCGAGGACUACCUGCUGGCAGAGACGGCCAGUGACACGCUGGUGGCCCUGUCCCGAAACCACUUUAACCUCGUCAUGUAUGAGCUGCAGCACCACCUCAAGCCGCUGAUCCUGACGGACGAGUUUGUGCUCAUCACCUUGGCCAAUUUGGCCAAUGCCAAUGUGUUCGAGUUCAUGCCCUACAUGGGUAUCACGCUGGCCACCAUCUUCACCAUGCUGAGGCUGGCUAAUGGGGCCAAGAUGCGCCAGGUGUUCUGCAGUGCAAUGGAAACGUUUUGUGAAGCGAUCCAGUUUUACCUGAAGCACUGGGAGGACAGCGUGUACCCCAUCAUGACCGGGGAGCACUUCAUGAAUAAGCUUUUGCCCAUGUACCGCCAUUUUGUCACCGUGUGGCUCCGGAGUGAGAACACCGAGGUCAAGCUGGCCGUGAUCAAGUCCCUUCGGCCCAUGCUCAGCCUCCUCCUUCCCAUCGAGGAGCUGCGGGAGCAGGUGUAUGACUACAUCCCCCUGCUCUUGGCGGAGUACCAGGGGAGCGUGGAGGCCCUCUUCAUCACCCAGAUUCUGAGGCAGAUCCUGGAAGUCUCCGUGUCCAGCAACACGCCGGUCCCCAAAAUGCAGCUUCACACCAUCUUCACCGAGCUGCACAUCCAGGUCUGUUCCAAGGCCCCCGCCCUCCAGCAGUUCAGCAGCGAGAAUCUGGCCGAGGUUGUCCAAUGCUUUAUUGCUCUGGCUCGCUCCUACCCCGAUGAGCUGAUGAAAUUCUUCCGUAACCAAAUGCAGACGGGGAAGGAGGCCAUCCGUGUGGGGACGCUGACCCUGCUCCGGGCCGUCCUCAGUGCUGACGUGCCUGAGAUGAAUAGCAGGACCCUGCACUUUGCCGUCAAGGUGGUUAGAAACGCUCUCUGUGACCCCCGAGCUAAGGUGAAGCUGGCCAUUCUGCGCGUCAUUGGUCAGCUGGCCAUCUCCGGCUACCAGGAGAGGGUCCGGGGCUGGGGCCUCAGAUACGUCUCCCUGCAGCUCAUCCUGUCCACCUACAAGCUGAUGAAUCGUCAGGAGAGCUGCUCUCAGGCUGACCUGGAGGAGAAGAUGGUCCACAAGGUCACCAUGGACACUGUGAGGAUCAUCACGGCCUCCGUCAGCGGGGUGAUCAAUGAGUUUUGGCUGAAACUUUUGGGUUACAUCAUGGAGACAGAAUACACGGAGGCCCUCACCCCCAUCUGCAUCAGCCUGACCAACCUGGCCGAGCGGCAGCGACAGCAGAAAGAAUCCAACACCAACGUGGGCAGGCGUGGACAAGUGGAACUCCCCGCUCCUCAGAAGCUGCUGGCCCGGCUCCUGGUGCUUCUCUCCGCCCCUUACAAGGGUGAAGGGCGUGGGGUGGCCAUGCUCCAGCUGCUCAAGAGCCUGCACCAGAACAUCGCCCCCUCCAUGGCGGACCUCUGGGAAGUGGAGAUUCCUGCUCUGAUCCAGUACCUGGAAGAGCACACGCAGUACACGUGGAACCAAAAGACCUGGGAGGACAAACUCAUCCAGUUUCUGAGGAACUCCCUCAAAAGGACCCAGGGGACAACCUGGAGCCUGCGCCUGAGCCGGGAGCUGAACCACCAGAUCGUCAGCUACGAGAGCCCCUCGGUGGAGAAGGCCUUCCUGUACCGGGCGCUGGGAUUCACCCUGGCUGCGGGCCAGGAGGCCGACAAAGUGGAGACCCAGCUCAUGGAGCUGCUGCACAAGACCGACUAUGGGAACGACUUUGACCGUGAGGGAGCCAUCCUCUGCCUGGGGCUCUGUGCCAGGGGGCAGGUGGUCACCGUGCUCCACGUGCUCCAAGAGUUUGAAGAGAAAAUUCAAGAGACAGAGGAUUCUUGGCACAUCAGUGCCUGGAGGAGCGACCACCCCUGGAGGAGGGAGGUGGUGAAGAGUGCCCUCAUGGUGAUGUACAGCAGCGUGGCUGCCCACUGCCACCCGCGGAUGCUCCUGAGCCGCGUGGAGAAGGACAUCACCAAGAAGAUACUGCAUCACUAUGCUACCAGCUGCCAGGACGUCUCUCUGAAGCUGGCCUUCGUCCAGAGCAUCAAUCAGAUCUGCGUGGCCAUCCAGGCCUUGGGCAAGGUGGACUUCGACUACACCUACAAGCCCGAGCUCGUCACUAACCUCAUGGUCAUCCUCAAGAUGGAGCCGCUGGACUCCCUGGUGUCCCCUGUGCGCUGCCUGACCAUGACCGCGCUCUGGCACCUCAGCAAACUGAAGCCUCCUUUCACCCUUGAGGAGAACCACGAGCUGAUGGAGCGGAGCGUGCAGUGCGUCUUUCCUCUGCCUCCUCCGGAAGAAGACAGCGAGCAGGUCAAGAUGCUGUACGAGAACUCCAUGGCGGCGCUGAUGAGGCUGAUGCAGAGCCUGCUGGAAAGGGAGAUGGACCCCAAGGGGCUCCAGGAGACCUUCCACCUCCUUGAGAAGUGGUUGCACUCCGAGAAGGACUGGGAGCGCGAGAGAGCCGUCAUUCUGAGCCUUCAUCUGCUGCAAGUCUACCGGGAGGGUGUCACCAUCCUGAUUCCCCUGAAAUCUGGCCAGUUUGGCACUCUGAUUGGACUCCUGGCUCCACACACCUGUGACUCUCAAGUAAGGACCCGACAGGCCACCAUAGAUGUCAUCUGCUGCCUUUUAGACCUCCAUGCAGCCCGGCCCUGGUCCAUACAGGACACGAUGACAGAGAAGUUGCUGCUGGACAUCAAGGAGGAGCUGACCACCACCGACAUGGAGAAGAUUUACUCCCUGUCUUCCAAGAUCGCCAAGGUGAUCAGCAAGGAGGUGCGCUGGGAAGAGCUCCUCAUCCUCCUGCAGAGCACCUGCGAGAGCCUGGGGGCCACCAACCUGGCCCACGACAAGGCCGCCGUCACGUGGCUCAACACCAUUCUCAGGCUGCGGGGGCACGAAUUGGAAGACAAGGUGCCCGAGAUUUUGAGCACCAUCUUGGCCCAUCUGCCCUCCGUGCUCCAUCCAGAUGUGCGGCGCCCCCUGGUGGAAGCUGUCCUCUUGCUGGCUCACUCCUACCAGGAGACUGUCAUUACCUCCCUCCUGAGGCAGCCGCUGCCUCUGGACAGUAACAUCACCGAGCUGUGGGAAGCAUUGGCAGAAGACGCUACUUUUGCUCGAAAGAUCCUCCAGGCUCUGAUGGCCAGGAUCCAGGUGAAGAAAGCUCCCCGGAGCAGCCCCACCUCCAAAAAGGACAUCUGGCGCCUGGCUGCUGUGGACCCCAUCACGGCCGUGUGCGCCGUCCACAAGAUCACCAUGGCCAUGGAUAGCAGGGAGAAGCUCCAGGACAUGUUCCCGGAGCUGUCGUGCACCGUGCUCCAGGAGCUGAGCAGCAGCUCGGGGCCCUGGCAGGCCGCGCUGCCCCCCGACACCUGGGGGGUCAUCCAGACGGGAAACCUGCAGAACAAGAUCACGCCCCGGAGACUCACCAUCAAAACCCUGCAGGGUGUGCUAAGUCGGGCCGGGAAUGAGGAGAUGAUGGACAGCUUGGUGAGUCAGGGGGUGUGGACCCUCCUGGAGGACCCCAGGACGCACAUCGACGGAGUGUGUCUCCUGGCCAGGACCAUGAUCCUCCAUGUCAGCCCCUACAGCCAGAGGUUCGCACAGCUGCUGCUCUCGGGCUUGGACUCCGAAUUCCUCUCCUGGCGUCUCAGCAGCACGGCCUUCUUCAUCGAGCUCAUGUGUGAUCCAGUUCUCUACAAAAAGAAGAUGCUGAAGUCCACGGUCCUGAAGCUGGCCAAGGGGGCCAGCCACGUGCACAGCACCCUGCGCCUGCUGUCCAUCCGGGCCCUGGGCAACCUGGCCAUCGGGGCUCCCAGCAAGGUGAAGCACUACCGGAAGCUGCUCUUGAAGAAGCUGCUCUGCUCGCUGUGCGACCCCAUCAGCACCCAGGUGAUCUCGGAGACCAUGGUGGCGCUGUCCAAGGUGCUGGGGCUGAUGGGCGAGGAGGACCUGGGCUCCUCCUUCGAGGUCAUCUCCAUGCAGUGCAGGGCCUUCUUCGAUGACGAGAAUGAGACGCUUCGCUUGCACGCCAUCAUCCUGUUUGGGAAGCUCGCGGUCUGGGCCGGGAAGAAGAAGGACUUCUUCGCGAUGGAGGUCAGGAAGAGCUGGAUCCCCCUAAUUCUCCACUUGCAGGACCCUUGCCCGGAUGUGGCCAAGGCCUGCGAAGUCACCAUUUGCUUGUGCAUCCCCUUCUGGGGCUGGAGGAAACUGCAAGUCUCCUUAGAGAAGUUUGUCAACCAAGGCACUGACCUGAGCCUCUUCCAGAUGGAGAUGUGCAGCUACCUGGCCAGGAAAGACCCUGAUCUCCUGGACACUUUUUGUGCAGAAGCCAUUGCCUACUACGACAGCGAGUGGGCCAGGAUUAAGGCGGCGGCCUGCGCCUUUACCGGGUACGUGCUGGAACAGGUGGUCUCCUUGAACCUGGGGGAUAUGGACAUGGAGCGCCUGGGUCAAUGUCUUGAAGUGCUCCAGAUGGACCCUGAGCUCAUAGUCCAGGAUGCUGCCAAGGAGACUCUGGCCCUCCUCCGGCGCAGGGAGCAACGAGAGAGUGGGAAUAUGUCCGUGGCCCUGGCCAGGAGGCCCGCUCCCUCAGAGACCUAGCUGCUGGGCUCCUCCCUGCUCCCUCCUGGGAAUGCUCGCGAACGGGACAGACCCAAGGCUCGGGGAGCUGGCCGGUCACCAUUCCAAAAAGCCAAGCCAGGGGCCGGCAGAGACCGUGGUGCUCAGGGAAGGCGGGCACCUCGGUGCCCCCUGAAGGGCAGCUGUUACCGCUCCAGCAAGGAGGGGGAUGGACAAGGAUGGAUGGGAAUGGAGAGGUGGCAAGUCUUCCCAUGGACAGCAAAGUCUCUGGAAGGACAAAGACAAACAAAUUCCGUUAGAAACCUCUUUUACACGUUUUUCUUCUUUCUCCUUUUCUUUGUUACCUCUUUUUUCCCCCUCAUCCUUUUCCUCCUUGUUCUCCUCCUCGAGGCACUUGAGGCCUUGGCUUCCAAGAUCCAAAAUCUCUUGGUCUGAGAUUUUAAUCUUCCAAUUGGAAUAACUACAGGGGGACUCCCCAGUCUUGACCUUGAAGGAAGACUCGGGAACUUUGGCUGAUGUGACUCUCCUUGACUGGGGAGACCCUGGGCUAAUUUCUACCUCAGAGGACCAUGGUUAGCUAGCUGGCCCACCUUGGGACCAACUAUGGCUGAUUCAUAAUUUUGGCAAGCCGAACUUUCUGGUUAGCCGACUGGGGUCCUGGGCAGAAAGACCCCUGCCCACAGCUGCCCAAGUCCUUAGGGUCAGAGCUGCCCAUAUCUGGUGGGAAUUUUCUCGAUCUUUCUUGGGCCUCUGGAGCAUGAGUCCCAUCAACCUCCAUCUUGGGAGAGACAAAAAGAAGUGUCCAGUUUUAUCUGAACUGUAGGGCUCCACUCCAGUAUCUUUCUUGGUAUUGAAACUGCUUCUUUGUUUUUAUUCUUUGUGGAUUAUAAUAAAGUUUCUUUCUUUGA